AUGUUGAGCAAGGAAGUUGCAGAAAAGACCCAUGAGUUGAGAAAAUUGUCGGGAGAAGAGCUCCAAGGACUUGAUAUGAAUGAAUUGAUGAAAUUGGAGAAGUUGCUGGAAGGAAAAUUAAACCGUGUCCUGAAAACAAAGGUUUUGUGGAUCUCUAACGCAUUUAAAAUUUUUCAGGGUGAUAAAAUUCUGAAAGAGAUUGAUGCUCUCAAGAACAAGGAAGCCCAAUUGAUGGAAGAGAAUGCUCGGUUGAGACAAGAAGUUAGAGUUUCAGUAUUGUGGACAUAUCUCAUGGUGAAACAAAUGCUCUUCCACAAGGCCACUCAUCAUGGUCAAUCACCAACUACUGUGUCUCAGUUCAUCCUCCUCAGGGCUGCAAUAGCUUUGACACUUCCCUCAAGUUGGGCCUACCUUUCCCCAACUGAACAGCAAGGUUCGGAGGCGUUUAUCGGUAAGGAAUGA